AAAAGAGUGUAAACGAUGGCAAAUCCUUUAGAAAAACAAUCAGUGAGGAAACCAACAGGAUGGAAAACUUUUUAUCAACAAGUUGCGGUGAAUUGAUAGUAAUAAUUUUUGUACGAAAUACCAUUCCGGAUUUGUUGAUGCCAUCUUGACAUGUCAGGACAACAAUUCGUUUUAAAACGAUAGAGUAUUCAAAUUUAAAAAUAGCGUUAUAAAACAUAAUUUUUAGAGAAGUUCCAAAGUUCACAAGGUCAUAUAAAUGAAUACUCGUAUAUUUAUUUGAAUAGUUUUAAUUUUGUUUCACUUUUCACAGCCUGGAAUUAUUCAAAAACUUGGGCCCGAGUCAAACAUUGGCAAAGUGUCCACUGUGGCAUCCAAAAUGUGGAGGCAAAUCGGUGAAAGAAGGAAGGUAAAUAUUGAAUAUUCAUAGUAUAUUCUACUAUAUUAGAAGUAUAUAUUUAUUUAAAGUAUUAUGCUGGGCCUUAUUAUUUUUUUUAUAUGUUUCUCGCCCGGAAAAUUACUAAAAUCACUGAAUAUUUUGAGUAAAAAUAUUUAUAUAAUCAGUUCAAUGAAAAAAGACCUUUUUAUCAUUAAAAUAGACGAUGUGCCACCCACCCCCCUCCCCAUGGAUUGACAUCAGUAGACAUUAAUGCACAUCAAUACACCUCACUAGACAUAAUUUGACAUCACUUGACAUAACUUGACAUCAGUAGGCGUAAAUAGACAUAACUGUUUACAACCUAUGUUAGUCUAGCAAUGUCUAGUGAUGUACAGGCUUCUCCCUAGAAAUAUUUUGAAAUCUAGUGUUUCUGAAAAAAUAUUUGCUUAACAGAAGUGGAAAAUGAAGGCACGACAGACAAGAGAGGACCUUGAUACAGAGAUGGUGCAAGAAAAGCUUGACUGUGAGAAAUGUGGCAAGAUUGUCACCAGAAGCAAGGACCCGAAGUUCCAUAUCAAAGGUUGUCAACAAUGUGUCUGUGAGAAAUGUGGUCAAAAGUUUACGCAUGAAUUGCAGUUGAAAAGGCAUAAUUUGAAAAAGCACUCAAAUACUUUUUCAUGUAAAACAUGUGGCAAAUUAUUUGGUUACAAACACCAUCUGGAUAGACAUAGCUAGUGCUUUCACUUAUAAAAUAUGCCAUACUAAGGUCAAAACAAGAAGCAAUUUUAUUAGGCAUAUGACUCGGCAACAUGAUGGGUUAGAUCCUAAAAAUUACUGAAAUCAGAGUAUUUAUUAAAAAACGUUUCAAUAUCA